GGCUUGCGAGACACGCACUUCUGUCCGAUUCAGCGGGUAGUACAGCGCCACCCUGGGACAGAAGCAUCUCCACACAUAACUUCUGGAGACUCGGGUAAAGCUCGAAGGCACAGGAAACAUGGUGAACCAAAGAGCAGACGUUGGUUGGCAGUCAUCUAAGAGUGAAUCGAGUGGGGCCAGUAACAGUGGAGAGAGCUCUAAAGAGAGCUCCAGGUGCUCCACACCGGUACUGGACGCUGACCGUACUGACCGCCUGCGGGACAAAAUGAAACGGCGGACAGAGUCCGGUGACCGCUGGUUCUCCCUUGAGUUCUUCCCACCUCGCACGACCUCUGGAGCUGUCAAUCUCAUCUCUAGAUUUGACCGCAUGGGUUCUGGCGGUCCUCUCUUCAUUGACAUCACCUGGCACCCCGCUGGAGAUCCGGGCUCGGACAAAGAAACGUCUUCUUUGAUGAUAGCAAGCACAGCAGUCAAUUACUGUGGCCUGGAGAGUGUCCUGCAUUUGACAUGCUGCAAUCAAACGAAAGAGAAGAUCACAGCACAUUUAAACAAAGCCAAGCGGCUCGGCUUAAAGAAUAUCAUGGCUCUAAGGGGAGAUCCUGUUGGUGAACAAUGGGUGGAGGAAGACGGAGGUUUCAACUUUGCCACAGAUCUGGUCAAACACAUUCGCUGUGAAUUUGAUGACUACUUUGAUAUCUGUGUGGCAGGUUACCCCACGGGUCAUCCUGAGGCAGAGAGCUAUGAAGAAGACCUCACGCACCUGAAGGAGAAGGUUGAUGCAGGUGCACACUUCAUUGUCACUCAGCUCUUCUUCAGAGCAGAAACCUUCCUCAAGUUCGUCAAAGACUGUCGGGCCAUUGGUAUCACCUGCCCCAUUUUGCCAGGAAUUUUCCCCAUCCAGGGGUAUCACUCUCUGCGUCAGCUGGUUAAACUCUCCAAACUGGAAGUGCCAGAGGAGAUCACACAGGUUGUUGAGCCCAUUAAAGAUAAUGACGCUGCCAUCAGGAACUACGGCAUCCAGCAGGCAGUGGAGAUGUGCAAGGUUCUGCUGAACAGCGGUGAGGUGCCAGGACUGCACUUCUACACACUCAAUAGAGAAGUGGCCACCAUGGAGGUGCUCAGACAGCUGGGUUUAUGGGCAGAAGAUCCACGGCGACCUCUGCCCUGGGCUAUCAGUGCUCAUCCAAAGCGUAAGGUAGAAGAUGUCAGACCGAUCUUUUGGGCUUCUCGACCCAAGAGCUACAUCUACAGAACACAGGAUUGGGACGAUUUCCCCAAUGGAAGAUGGGGAAACUCCUCCUCACCUGCUUUUGGUGAGCUGACCGACUAUUACCUGUUCUACCUGAAGAGUAAGUCUUCUAAAGAAGCUCUGCUGCAGAUGUGGGGAGAGGAACUAACCAGUGAGCAGAGUGUUUAUGAAGUCUUCACUGACUACAUCACCGGCCAACCCAACCGCAAUGGACACAAGGUGAUGUGUUUGCCAUGGAACGAUGAUCCUCUAGCUCCAGAGACCAAUCUGUUAAAGGAUGAGCUAGAGAAGGUGAACCGCAGAGGUGUGCUCACUAUUAACUCUCAGCCCAACAUUAACGGCAAAGCCUCAUCUGACCCCAUCGUGGGCUGGGGACCUGCAGAAGGAUAUGUCUUUCAGAAGGCGUACCUGGAGUUUUUCACAUCAAGUGAGAAUGUUACUGCACUUCUGCAAGUGUUAAAGAAAUAUGAACCUCGUGUGAACUACCAUAUUGUCAAUGUGCAGGGCAGGAAUAUCACGAAUGCCCCUGACAUGCAGCCCAACGCUGUGACGUGGGGGAUAUUUCCUGGACGGGAAAUUAUUCAGCCCACUGUGGUGGAUCCAGUCAGCUACAUGUACUGGAAGGACGAGGCCUUUGCUUUGUGGAUUGAACAGUGGGCAAAGCUGUACGAGGACGAAUCACCAUCGCAAAUGAUCAUUCAGUACAUCCAUGACAACUACUUCCUCGUCAACCUUGUGGACAACGACUUCCCUCUGGACAACUGCCUUUGGCAGGUCAUUGAAGACAUGUUUGCGCUGCUGGACUCGCCUCCAGAAUCUCUGGACGAGAGAAGCGGAUCAUAGCAUCACAGAGCACAAAAGUCUGUCAUUGCUGCUGUUUCAUCCAGAGACAAACUUGGGAUGUGCCCGAAGCUGAAUACCUUAUUCGGAGAGGCACGAAUAAUGACUUCAAAAUUAAUAACUGAUUCAUCUGAAUAAUAUAAAAUAUAUUCAUAUGAAUGAUUAUCCAAGAGGCACAAGGAUAAAGCGCAUUUAAAAAAAACAUUUUAUGUAAACCUUACGAAUGAAAAUGCACACGUUGUGAUUUCAAAUCGGAUGAGCGUUCUCAACUCUUUUUUUUUUUCAGUCUGUUAAUUUAGCAUGUCUGGAGCUUAUCAAGUGUAACAUUAAGGCCUUGUUCAGACUGCCACUCAAAAAUCCUAGUUUUUGUAUAUCCAGAUUUUAUCCAGAUGAGUUUUUGAAAACCACAUGAAAUCUGAUUUGGUUUUUGGGAGAUGGUUUCAAAUGCGAUUGAAAUCAGAUUUUUUUUUCAGAUGUGUCUGGCUGCUCAUUUCGGACUCUUAACAUGACACACAAUGAUGACAUCAAAAAUCGGUGACUGCAGCAUGGAACAUCACAAUAUUUACCAGUCUCCUCCGUCGCUGAGUUUUUCUUGUUCGACGGAGGAGUUCUGCACCACGACUGGACAGGGCGUUAAUUUGUAGAGCGAGAUGAUGCACCUCCAUUUUUACUGCCUCUUUUUUUAAAGCAUCGUCACGUGGGUACGCCUACGUCAUUACCAAAGCAACCCAUGCAGAUAGAUUGGUUACGUCUGAACGUAAAAAUCUGAUUUGAUCACUUGCAAUUAAUAGUGCGGACAGUCUGCCUGAAAAGAUCUGAUUUGAGAAAAAAUCUGAUUUGCCUGCAGUCUGAACAUAGCCCAAGAUCUGACAUCAUAUACACUUUCGACUUGUUGAAAUGUCUAUGUUAAUGUAUCACACGAUUCACACGUGAUUCUCAUGUAUUCAUUUAUAUCCUUAACCUGAGCACGAUGUUCAAUUCCUGACCUGAAGUGAUGAUUUCACAUCGGAGCAUGUCUAUCCAUCUUUUAAAGUUGACCAAAUGGGGGAAAGUGUGCGGUGGGGCUCUAAAGUGGCCCCCUUGAAAAUGGCCAUGUAUGAUAGCCUCUGUAGCACCCCCAUUUUCACCUACAUUCACCAUAAUUGGUGUGUAUAUAUAUAUAUAUAUAUAUAUAUAUAUAUAUAUAUAUAUAUAUAUAUAUAUAUAUAUAUAUAUAUUUAUAUAUAUUAGGGCUGUCGAUUUAAGGCAUUAAUACAGUGCGAUUAAUUUGACUAAAAAGAACUCGUUAAAAAAAAUUACGUAAUUAAUCGCAAUGCCCUCGGACCGUCAUAUGGAAGAUUCCUGAGAAAUGCAAGCUUGUAGUACCACCUGUUUACUUCAGAGGGCAGUAAGUGACACUUCAACUGUGUGGCAAUGCAGUUUAUACAGUGAAGAAAAACACCCUUGAGCAGCAGAACAACACAGACAUGUGUUACAUUCUUGCGUUCAAAACACUUGAUGGAGCUCAAAUCCAAACUAAGGGAUCUCAAUAUGUGUUCCAAGUAUUAAACUAUAUUUAACUUGACACAGUGACCUUAAAAAUGUAUGUUUAUGAUGCAGCGCACCCGAGACACUACACAAGCAUAUAUAUUUGACACAGCUGUACAUUGACAGGUCCUUAAACAGAAUAAUUAUCUGAAUAUUUUUUUCGUUUAUUUAUAUAUAUA